CUUCUCCAAGCCCAGCGCACCUUUCCUUCUCCCGAUACCCCCUCCUCCACCACUCGCACCCCCAUUAUGGCCUCCAAGCCCAUCCGCGAGUUCGACGCCAAGCUCCUCGUCGCCUACCACCUCGCCCGCGCUCCCACCGUCGGCUCCAAGGUCCAGGCGCGCGAGGGCUUUGCCUCGCCCGAAGUGAAGGUCGCCCAGGUCUCGUGGGACCCGGAGACGAACCAGAUCACGCCCGAUGCGGCGCUCCCGCACUGGGUCUUCACCGACAAGCUCGUCGUCAAGCCCGACCAGCUCAUCAAGCGCCGCGGCAAGGCUGGCCUUCUCGCGCUGAACAAGACUUGGGACGAGGGCAAGCAGUGGAUCCAGGAGCGCGCCGGCAAGCAGGUCCAGGUCGAGAAGACGACGGGCACCCUCACCAACUUUAUCGUCGAGCCCCUGUGCCCGCACCCGUCCGACUCGGAGUACUACAUCUGCAUCAACUCGGUCCGCGAGGGCGACGUGAUCCUCUUCACCCACGAGGGCGGUGUCGACGUCGGCGAUGUCGACGCCAAGGCGCUCACGAUCCUCGUUCCGGUCGGCGGCGAGCUCCCCUCGCGCGAGGAGAUCAAGACCCAGCUCCUCCGCGACGUCACCGGCGCCGAGCGCCUCGACGCCCUCGUCGACUUUGUCGUCCGCCUGUACGCCGUCUACGUCGACCUGCACUUCGCCUACCUCGAGAUCAACCCGCUCGUCGCCGUCGAGAACGCGUCGACCGGCAAGAUCGACAUCUCGUACCUCGAUAUGGCCGCCAAGCUCGACCAGACCGCCGAGUUCAUCGUCGGCCCCAAGUGGGCCAUCGCCCGCGACGCGUCCGUCAUCAACCCGGGCGCCGCGUCGGCGUCGGCGAACGGCAAGAUCUCGGCCGACAAGGGCCCGCCCAUGUUCUGGCCGCCUCCUUUCGGUCGCGACCUGACCAAGGAGGAGUCGUACAUCGCCAAGCUCGACGGCUCGACCGGCGCGUCGCUCAAGCUCACCGUCCUCAACGCCGAGGGCCGCGUCUGGACCAUGGUCGCCGGCGGUGGUGCCUCGGUCGUCUACUCGGACGCCAUCGCUGCUCACGGUUUCGCUCACGAGCUCGCCAACUACGGCGAGUACUCGGGCGCGCCGACCCAGACCCAGACGUACGAGUACGCCAAGACCAUCCUCGACCUCAUGACUCGCGGCGCUCCUCACCCCGAGGGCAAGGUCCUGUUCAUCGGCGGCGGCAUCGCCAACUUCACCAACGUCGCCGCGACUUUCAAGGGCAUCAUCACGGCGCUCAAGGAGUACCAGCACCGCCUCCAGGAGCACAAGGUCCGCAUCUUUGUCCGCCGCGGCGGCCCCAACUACCAGGAGGGCCUCAAGGCCAUGCGCCUCCUCGGCGAGACGCUCGGCGUCGAGAUCCACGUCGCCGGCCCGGACGACCACAUCACGUCGAUCGUCCCGCUCGGCCUCGGCAUCAAGAAGUCGACCCCGGCCGCGCUCCUCAAGGCGUCGUCGUCGCUCGACGGCACCCUCACGCCGGUCCAGCCGUCGUCGCCGACCCAGGCGUCCAAGCCCCUCCCGGCCGAGGUCCAGUCGGGCGACCGCGCCCAGCCGCAGGACAACAUCGUCGCCUUCCAGGACAAGGUGCACGCGACCGAGGGCCGCCCGUGGUACCGCCCGUUCGACGAGAACACGCGCUCGAUCGUGUACGGCCUCCAGCCGCGCGCCAUCCAGGGCAUGCUCGACUUCGACUUUGCGUGCGGCCGCCAGAUCCCGUCGGUCGCCGCCAUGGUCUACCCGUUCGGCGGCCACCACGUCCAGAAGUUCUACUGGGGCACCAAGGAGACGCUCCUCCCCGUCUUCCAGUCGAUGAAGGAGGCCGUCGCCAAGUGCCCCGACGCCGACGUCGUCGUCAACUUUGCCUCGUCGCGCUCGGUGUACCAGUCGACGCUCGAGGCGCUCGAGUUCUCGCAGAUCAAGGCGAUCGCGCUCAUCGCCGAGGGCGUCCCCGAGCGCCACGCGCGCGAGAUCCUCCACGCCGCCGAGCAGAAGAAGGUCAUCAUCAUCGGCCCGGCGACGGUCGGCGGCAUCAAGCCGGGCUGCUUCCGCAUCGGCAACACGGGCGGCAUGAUCGACAACAUCCUCGCGUCCAAGCUGUACCGCGCCGGCUCGGUCGGCUACGUGUCCAAGUCGGGCGGCAUGUCGAACGAGCUCAACAACAUCCUCGCCAACACGACCAACGGCACGUACGAGGGCAUCGCCAUCGGCGGCGACCGGUACCCGGGCACGACUUUCAUCGACCACCUCCUGCGGUACGAGGCCGACCCCAACUGCAAGCUCCUCGUCCUCCUCGGCGAGGUCGGCGGCAUCGAGGAGUACCGCGUCAUCGAGGCCGUCAAGUCGGGCCAGAUCAAGAAGCCCAUCGUCGCGUGGGCCAUCGGCACCUGCGCCAAGAUGUUCGCGACCGACGUCCAGUUCGGCCACGCCGGCUCGAUGGCCAACUCGGACCUCGAGACGGCCGAGUCGAAGAACAACGCCAUGCGCGCCGCCGGCUUCAUCGUUCCGCCGACGUUCGAGGACCUCCCGCAGGUGCUCAAGGAGACGUACGACAAGCUCGUCGCCGACGGCAGCAUCCAGCCCAAGCCCGAGGUCGCGCCGCCCCAGAUCCCGAUCGACUACAAGUGGGCCCAGGAGCUCGGCAUGGUCCGCAAGCCGGCCGCCUUCAUCUCGACCAUCUCGGACGAGCGUGGCCAGGAGCUCCUGUACGCCGGCAUGCCCAUCUCGCAGGUGUUCGAGGAGGACAUCGGCAUCGGCGGCGUCCUGUCGCUCCUGUGGUUCAAGCGCCGCCUCCCGUCCUACGCGACCAAGUUCCUCGAGAUGGUCCUCAUGCUCACGGCCGACCACGGCCCCGCCGUCUCGGGCGCCAUGACGACCGUCAUCACGGCCCGUGCCGGCAAGGACCUCGUCUCGUCGCUCGUCGCCGGCCUCCUCACGAUCGGCGACCGCUUCGGUGGCGCCCUCGACGGCGCCGCCGCCGAGUUCACCAAGGCGUUCGAGGCUGGCCUCACGCCUCGCGAGUUCGUCGACUCGAUGCGCAAGGCGAACAAGCUCAUCCCCGGUAUCGGCCACAAGAUCAAGUCCAAGGCCAACCCGGACAAGCGUGUCGAGCUCGUCAAGAACUACGUCUUCAAGCACUUCCCCUCGACCAAGAUGCUCGAGUACGCCCUCGCCGUCGAGGACGUUACGAGCGCUAAGAAGGACACGCUCAUUCUCAACGUCGAUGGCUGCAUCGCCGUCUGCUUCGUCGACCUGCUCAAGAACUCGGGCGCGUUCACGGCCGAGGAGGCCAACGAGUACGCCAAGAUCGGCACGCUCAACGGUCUCUUCGUCCUCGGUCGCUCGAUCGGCUUCUGCGGUCACUACCUCGACCAGAAGAGGCUCAAGCAGCCGCUGUACCGCCACCCGGCCGACGACAUCCACAUCGAGCCGUUCAACCCUCGCAUCCUCGCCACCGAGCGCAAGUAGGGUCCGGCUCGUCGUGCUCCCUUUUCCUCGUCCCCCUCUCUGGUCCGGUCUCCUGGUUUAGACGGCGACGCUCCUCUCUCUCUCUCUCUCCUCUCUCUUCUUCUUGGGUAGUACACUCUCUCGUCUCUCCCCUCUCUCGUCUAGCGCGGUCCGCGACUCUCUCUCGUUCUCUCUCGCCGCAACGGUCGUUUCAGUGCCUUUCUGC